UGCUCUAAAGGCUCUUUUUCUUGGCUGGCUGGUCCAGCAGAUGGAAAAGAGGUUCGCCUUUUUGUGGCUGGGAGAGAGGGGAGAGAGUACUGUUGACUGGAGCACUGGGUAUCUUUGCUUGUUCUCUCCCUGCCUCAAUGCACUCGCAGCUUGGGGAGGCUUCUUUCCCCUACUGCAAAGAGAAUACGAGCUCAACCAGCUGGUGGCAUAGGCCCUGCUUCUUAGUGGGCCAUGCUAAAUUCCUAGCGCCUCCUCUGCCUGCAGGUCGGCCGUAUCGUGGCAAGCCCAGUGACAUGUGGGCCCUGGGAGUGGUCCUCUUCACCAUGCUCUAUGGACAGUUCCCCUUCUAUGACAGCAUCCCACAAGAACUCUUCCGCAAGAUCAAGGCUGCUGAGUACACCAUCCCAGACAGGGAUGGGCGGGUGUCCGAAAACACGGUGUGCUUGAUCCGAAAGCUGCUGGUCUUGGACCCUCAGCAGCGCCUGACAGCCUCUGAAGUGCUCGAAUCCCUCAGCUCCAUAAUUGCAUCCUGGCAGUCCAUGUCCUCACUCAGUGGGCCCUUGCAGGUAGUGCCAGAUGUCGAUGAUCAGGUGGUCAACCCAGAACAUGUGCAUGAGGCAAAGGUAACCGAGGAGUGUUCACAGUACGAGUUUGAGAAUUACAUGAGGCAGCAGCUCUUGCUAGCUGAGGAGAAGAACACGCUCCACGAGGCAAAAAGCUUCCUACAAAAGCGGCAGUUUGGCAGCGUCCCUCCCGUGAGACGCCUUGGCCAUGAUGCCCAGCCCAUGAAUGCCCUGGACGCAGCCAUUCUUGCACAACGCUACCUUCGGAAAUAGCUCUCAAAGGGAGUGGGAGUCACGCUCCACCGGCCCAGCCUGGCGCAAGGGUGAGGGCCAGGCCUGGAUUCCAGCAGUGUAGCAGUCUUCCCCUGUGUGCUGAUGGGUCUUGCUUGCUGGGGUUUGCCCCAAGAGGACACGUGGAAGACAACUGGCUGGGACAACCGUCAGUGGAUUUUAACUCCAAUCAUAGACAGUAGUCUGCUUUUACUCAUGACUCUGAAAUCUACCUCUCCGCCUUUUUUAACCACACUGUUCUCUGGACUGAAAUGUAGAGCGGUUUUGGCAAAGGUUGCCCCAGCAGGCUUCUUUCCUGACACAAACUCUGGAAACCACGGGGAUUGCAUUUCGCGCCGUACGGUUUGAAUAAGCUUAAUCGUUUUUUCUCCAUUGUCCUUCCCCAUGGGUUUCAAAAAGGUAACUGUUUCUUAAAUCCAUUUCUGUUCAGUACUCUGUGUUCUGUUUUCAACUUAACCCCAGGUUGAAUUUACUUUCUGCAAGCAUUAAUUUUGGACCCCAGUGUGACUAUAGCCUUGGCAAAUGUCUCAUCUUUACUUCGAGCUUGUUGAACUGAGAAAAUUUGCUUGCAGAUUCCAGUUAGGGGAAGUUUCAGCCCAGAGCUGUUUAAAAUGUAGCUUUUCUGGAGGCUGAAGUCUCCAAGUCACUUAAUUAUUUUGGAUUUCCUGGGUGUUGUUUUGGUUUUGAUUUUUAAAAAUGGUAGCUUUUGAAAAGUGCAGUAAUGUUACAUUAAUUCUGUUGAUUUUUAUCUCUUGCCCCAUUAAUCAUGGAGGCAUGUUUGAAGGGAUAAAUCUUUGAUAAUGUGAAAGAGGGGGAGUUGUCCCUUCCCUUUUCCUUCUACCCCAUCCCACCACAGACCUCACCUCCAUUUAGAAAAGCCCCCCUCCCCAAAUCACGUGCUCUUGGCACACUCUUGCCAUUGUUCUCUGGUCACAGCACUUGCCUGUAUGAAUAGGCUUGGGAGGAGGGAGGGUCCCUUGCUCCAUGCUAGGAUAGGGCUGGGUGAUACCUGAGCCCUGUUCUUUGGACUAUAUAUGCCUCUCUUGCCAGACAAGUUUUUCAGAGCAUCCCAUGGAGGUAAUUCUGUUCCAGAGUCUCCUAUUUCCCUUUCCCCUCCACUGCCAAUUCAUUUUCCAGCAUCAUUGGCUCUCCAUGCAUGCUGUCCUUUGGAAGAACUGGAUCCUGGCAGCCUGGGGCAAGCCAGUCUGAUGGGGUUUGCACAACAUCUUCCUUGCGGGGGGUAGGGGGGUAGGCAGAGAAACCCUUGGCACCUUCACCAGCAGAAGAUAACAAUUUCCCAAGAGUGAGUGUGUUCAUAUGAUUGAAGAAGUACAAGCAGAUUUCUGGCUUUGUUGCACAGGGGAGAUUUUCUCUUAGCCCGAGUUACAGGAGAAAAAAUACAGUUCCAGCAGUGUCUGGAAAUUUGGUUAAAUACAAGUGAGACAUAUCCUGUCAUUCGGAACUGCUGCCGAAUGGGGUGCAACGUAUCCUGGUCAAUCUCUGGAAAAUGACAUAGGGGCAUGCUUCAAAAGCUAGGCAGCUAGGCAGCUUCUCCCUCACCCAAAUCAGGGCCAUCGAGCAGUGUCCUUUCCAAACAGCUUUGCCCAGGGAUGGUGGCAGGGGUCAGCAGCAGCAGCAGCAUCCUUUGUUGGCUGAAGUGAAAGGCUGUGCACUUGGCCUUUGAGCUGCUUUUCCGCAGCCCUUCCAGGAAGCAGCCCUUUCUUCUCCAGGUGAGCUGUGCACAAGGGAGUCCUGAAUGUGUUUCUCAGGGUGUGAGAGAUGCACUUCUGAUAUCAUAGCGAUGAGGAAAAGCGCUCUCUGCAGGAAUGUGCCCUCAAGAAGGAGCACUUGGAGGCAUCACCUUCAGGACAACAUCUCAACCUGCUUUAGGUUCCAUCCCUAGUUGACAUGUUCCCAGAGGAAUGUUGGAAGUAAGUCAUACCAAGCAGGAAGCACAAGUUGCCAGGGGAAGGAGCAGCUUUCUGCCCCUCUAGAAGGGGAGGUCUGGGGUCAGGAGGCUGUGCCAGGUGACUCAUCUUCCAAAUCCUUUGAAUGGUAACUUAUUCCUCCACAGCUCUGCCCCCUUCCCACCUUUAAUUUUUUUUUCCCCCUUCCCAAGAUAGUUAACAAUGUGUCUGAGUGGUCUGGUCCUUUCCCACCCUUGACAAAAAUAGCAAUACUCCACUGAUGUAAAGUUGGGUGUUCCACCAUCUGUUGCAAUAAAAAGCUGACUGGAAAGAGAUGGAAAGGGAACCUGGGGUGGGGUGGGGGCCUGGAAAGAGGUGUUAUGAGCUGCUGGGUUGGUCUGAGGGGAUUUCAGGUUGGGUGAGACACCAGAGACAAAAAUCCUAUUGUAAAAAAUUGCGAAGAGAAUUUGUAUAGAGACCUAUUUUUGUAUUACACCCAACUAUCCCCGCAUGCCAGCAAUAAAAUUUCAUAAU